UACAUUUUCCAUCUUCAGUAUCGCCGGGGAAAGAAAACCUAGAUCCCAAUUAUGAAGGGGACGAUGUUGGCCGGAGUGAGAUGGUUGUUAAAGCAUAACAACAACAGUAAGAAAUUUAGAUUGAACGCCUCCUCCUCGGUCGCUGGUGGCAUUGGUAGAUCAUGCUACGACUGCAUCCCUAACAUCAGAACUUUUUCAUCUUCUUCGUCAGUCAGAGAAGGAUGUGAUGAUGGUGUUGGUGGUUAUGUAAUGAGUUUUGGUGAUGGGAACCAAGGGGCUUUAGGAUUGCCCUCAUCCUCAAUGGGAAUUGGGGCAGGGGGAGGGGGUGAUGCCUAUGAACCCACUAAGAUAACAGGUCUUCCUUCAGAUGAUAUCACCUGUAUUGGAGCUGGACAUUAUCACUCUCUAUCUGUUACUUCUCAUGGAGACGUUUGGUCAUGGGGGCGAAACAAUGAAUUUCAGCUCGGCAGGGAUUCGUUCGAUGUUCCAAGCAGAGAUUCAUGGAGUAAGCCGGAGAUGGUGCAAGGGCUGAGUCAAGUCAGAGUGAAAGCUGUAUAUGCCUCCGGUGUUGUUUCCACUGCUAUUGGAGAGGAUGGUUCCUUGUGGGUAUGGGGCAAAUCAAGGCGAGGCCAACUCGGUCUUGGCAAAGGAAUUACCGAUUCUCCCCUACCUUCCAGGGUUGAGGCACUUGCUGGAGAGCACAUUGUUAAGGUAUCUCUUGGGUGGGGGCAUACUCUCGCACUUACAAAUGAUGGGAGGUUAUUUGGCUGGGGUUACUCUGCAGAUGGUAGAUUAGGACAUAUUGGGAUGUCACUAGAAAAUAUGUCCAUGUCACCUCAAAUUCUGGGUGCCUCCACAUUAGUAGAAACUCAAGGAACUACUUCAUCUCUAGAAGUUGCGGAGAAGCUGGUCUUGGAGCAGAUGCAAAAGGAGAACGACAUGCCUAUAAUUUGGGAACCAUGUCUACUGCAAGAAUUAAAUGGUGUUCAAGUAUCAGAUGUGGCUUGCGGGCUUGAUCACUCUCUAGUUCUUUGCUGUAAUGGUGUGUUAUUAAGUGGCGGAAAUAACACUUACGGUCAGUUGGGCAGAGGUAAAGAGGAUAGCUCAGGAUUAUCUCCAGUUGACAUGAGCUUCCAGCCAUUAUCUAUAUCUUCGGGCCUAGGUCAUUCUCUAGCAGUGUGUCAGCAGAUUUCGUCAUCACAAGAGGUUAUGGGAGGAGAUGUCAGUGGUACCGGGAUUGCUUCGUGGGGAUGGAAUGGGAAUUCUCAGUUGGGGAGAUCUGGCCCAGAAAACGUACCAAAGCUGGUGGAGGGGCUAGAAGAAGAGACACCUUUAUUUGUGUCUGGUGGCCGUGUACAUUCUGUUGCCCUCACGUCUAAGGGGGGAGUGUGGGUAUGGGGUUGUGGAAAAAAUGGGAGGCUUGGACUAGGGAGCUCAAUUGAUGAAGUUGAACCUGCCCUGAUAGAGGAUUUGGAAGGUGUUAAAGUUCUGCAGAUUGCAUCCGGGUUUGAUCAUAAUCUACUGUUGGUGGUCAAUCAGUGACAGCAAGUUGGACACAAGCGACGAGACUAGCUAAAGUGAGCCCCGACACGGCAGACAUUAUCGGCAUCAAAAAUUGAAGUUAGCUGUAGCCUUUAUGGAUAAGAGAAUGAUGUUGUGCCACCAUAUCAAAUGGGCGGCUAAGGAAGAGAACACAAUUUAGAUUGUUAUGCUGGCCUUUGUCUUACUAAUCAUUGUGGUUGGAAAUCGUGACAGUGCUUCCUUUAUCUUACUGGAUUCACAGGUGAAAGUGAAGAAGUUUAUAUACAAGCACUGGUCACCAAAUGCUGGGAUUCUGUUUUCAUAGCAGGUGCAGUUAUGGAAUCCUCUGCUUGAGAUAAUUGCCAAGCCUGGCCAAAACCAGGGAGCGCUCGUGCCAGAAUCGGCCCCUGAGACUGAUCUUCACGUAAGGGCCAUCUACUUCAGAGAGCUCUGCCACUCCUAAAUAAUUGAAAGCACAAGAAGAAAUUGAACCGUGAUAUAUGAGAAAAAAGAGUGGAACUGAAGUUUGGUUACACAAAUGUUGAUAAGUUGGACUACCUGUCAUGCCAAUGGAAGUAUCGAAGAUCUGUGCAAACUGAUUGAGAAAAUGAAAACAUAAAGAAAAUUGUCGUCAUGAUUUAUGUAGGAUCAGCAAUAAUAAUGCUGCAACUUGAACUGUUAUAAUUUGAUUAUUACGUGCUAAUAUGAAAGGUGUAUUGAGGGAGUUAAUGAAUUUAAUUACAUGAAUUCGUGCA